AUGGAUCCAACAUUUGAUGUUGCUGCUUUGAAUAAUCCUAAAGUCACAGAGGACGAUUUGAACCGUUUUAGGUAUUCUGUCUAUGAAAUUUCCACGCAAGUUCAAAAGCUUGAGAAGCAAGUUACUGAGGUUGAACAGUUCUACCGUUCCACUGAUGUUCAAGUAAAUAGUGCCAAGGACAAAGGGCGGGAGAAGCAUCUUGCUGGCACUAAGAAGCCACAGCAUGGUGCUUCAAGUAAGGAAGCUACUCCUUCAGACACAAUGCAAGAGCUCAUGCGCCAGUUUUCCCUUAUACUGCAUCAGAUGACCCAGCAUAAAUGGGCUUGGCCCUUCAUGGAACCUGUAGAUGUUGAAGGUCUUGGACUGUAUGACUAUUAUGAGAUUAUUGAAAAGCCUAUGGAUUUCACUACGAUAAAAAGAAAAAUGGAUGCUAAGGAUGGUUCUGGUUAUAAGAAUGUACGGGAGAUAUAUUCUGAUGUCAGGUUGAUUUUCAAGAAUGCAAUGAAAUACAAUGAUGAAAAGAAUGACAUCCAUGUUAUGGCAAAGACAUUGCUGGAAAAAUUUGAGAAGAAAUGGCUGCAGCUUUUGCCUAAAGUUGCUCGUGUGGAAAAUGGACUAUUAAAGGAAGAAGCACAAGUGCAGUUGGAAACACAGCUUGCUCAAAAAGCCACUUAUGCCAAUAUGGCUAGGGAUAUAAACGUUGCGCUGUGUGAUGUUGAUUUGAACUUGAAUAGACUCAAAGCAAUGGUGAUGGAAAAGUGCAGGAAACUAUCAACUCAGGAGAAACUGGCACUUACAACUGCUCUCAGCAGACUGACUCUUGAAAACCUCACGAGAGCAUUGCAAAUAGUUUCUGAGAAUAACCCAACCUUCCAACUUAAUGUUGACGAAGUCAACCUUGACCUUGAUGCCCAGAGUGACUACACUCUCUGGAGACUAAACAUCUUUGUGAAAAGAGCACUGGAAGAUCAGGAAAAAGCUGCCCGGGACAUAGUUGUUAAUGACAACGAUAACAUUGAAGACAAGAAAAACAACAAAAGGAAGAGAUUGUGA